CUACUACUACUACUACUGGUGUUAAUUAGGGUUCAUGCCCAGCUGUGCCCUGCUUGACAACACCACAACACCACAACACCCUCCUGACAGCAGCACAGCAUCACCAGACUCAGCAGAACCAGCUGAACAGACACCAAAUCUUUCCUACCUGGACCCAAACACCGCCACCUCUCUGUUGGUAUUGCAGACUCCUUACGUGCAAAUAAUGGAGAGGCUCUCAGACCACUCAAGCCUGCCUCCACCCCCACUCCUCCUCCCACUACUACUACUACUACCACUACUACCUCUACCACCUCCCUCAAGCCACUGCCUCCGCCAAAACCUCCCAAUUUGAUGCUCACACGACCAUCUCUUUCACUUCAGAAUUCAACAGACCUGCGGCUCUCCCCUGAGGUGUACAACCAGCUGAGGGUGCUGCAGAAGAAGGCUAAGGAACUGCGCACUGACGUCAGGAACCUCCGCAAGACUUCCCAGGCCAAUGCUCUUACUAUGAAGGAGUUACUUAGGGACACUAUCAGCAAGAUUACGUCGGUGCUUCAGUCUAAUGAAGAGAGCUUACUGCAAGGCACCUCAGACGCCGAGAGGGCGAGGAUACAGCGGGAGGAGGCAUCUUACCGGCAGGACAUGAACAAGCUGGACAAGGACCUCUGUGACCUGGAGUUGAAAGUGGAGGAACUGCGGAACAACGUAAUCAACCGGCGACUCCGUGUCAACAUGUCAGAUGUGGAAAACAUGGCACUUAUCCUUUCUAGGUCAAGGUGGGUGACGGAACAAGCAGUGUGGUGAUCCUGGCAGGGGAGAUGCUGGCGGUGGCUGAGCAGUACCUGGAGCAGAACAUGCAUCCGCUUAUCAUCGUUCAGGGGUACAGACAGGCCCUCGACCAUGCUCUGGAGGCCCUUAAAGACACCCUCAGAUCCCGGGAGGAGCCAUUGAAGAGAGCUGUGUGCUGGACGGGAUCAUGAUAAACAAGGAUGUGUUGCAUGCAAAGAUGAGCAGGAAAGUAGACAAUCCUCGUAUCAUUCUCCUUGACUGCCCGCUGGAGUACAAGAAGGGCGAGAGCCAGACUUCGGUGGAAAUGACUGCUGAGACGGACUUUACGAGGCUCCUACAAAUCGAGGAGGAGCACGUCAAGGAACUCUGCGCUGACAUCCUGGCCCUGCGACCCGACGUGGUCAUCACAGAGAAAGGCGUAAGUGACCCGGCCCAGCACUACCUGGUAAAAAGCUGGCGUGACCUGCCUCCGUCGCGUCAAGAAGAGCGACAACAACAGGCUGGCAAGGGCUUGUGGGGCAACCAUCUGUAAUCACACUGAGGAGCUGAAGGAGUCCGAUGUUGGCACGCAGGGCCUCUCCCAGUGUAUCCCACCCUCUCCCAGUGCAUCCCAGCCUCUCCCAUUCCACCCCAGCCUCCCCCAGUGCAUCCCAGCCUUUCUCAGUCCACUCCAGCCUCUCCCAGUGCAUCCCAGCCUCUCCCAGUGCAUCCCAGCCUCUCUCAGUCCACUUCAGCCUUUCCCAGUGCAUCCCAGCCUCUCCCAGUGCAUCCCAGCCUCUCCCAGUGCAUCCCAGCCUCUCCCAGUGCAUCCCAGCCUCUCCCAGUCCACCCCAGCCUCUCCCAGUCCACCCCAGCCUCUCCCAGUCCACCCCAGCCUCUCCAAGUGCUUCCCAGCCUAUCCCAGUCCACCCCAGCCUCUCCCAGUCCACCCCAGCCUCUCUCAGUCCACUCCAGCCUCUCCCAGUGCAUCCCAGCCUCGUCCAGUGCAUCCCAGCCUCUCCCAGUGCAUCCCAGCCUCUCCCAGUGCAUCCCAACCUCUCCCAGUGGAUCCCAGCCUCUCUCAGUCCACUCCAGCCUCUCCCAGUGCAUCACAGCCUCUUCCAGUGCAUCCCAGCCUCUCCCAGUGCAUCUGAAACAUUUAUUCCCUGUAAAAACACUUUGUAAAUUAUUGUAAAUUAUUAUUAUAGAAACAGCUUUAAAAUAGCCUAAAUUUUAAAUAAAUUAAGUAAAACAC